AUGGCGGCCAAACCAAGAUCAGGGUGGAAUUUCUUGCAGCAGGCGGUCGCCUCUGUUGAGUCGAGGUUAGAUGACAUACUGGCCGAAGAAGGCGACCGCCCGAAAAGGACGAACACACCUCCCCACACCAAGAAGCCGUCCUCAGAUCUCUCACGGAGCAACAGCAACGCCUCCGGCACGAAUGACCGACUUCAGGAACGUCUCGCCCGGGCGAUGGCCAAGAAGAGCCCAAGUCGAACCGAAAGCCCGGUGCCUUCUCAAGAUGUAUCGGCGGACCCGGUAUCUACGGGGGCAGAUCUCUCUACCGCCGCAGAUGAAGCGGAAGCCGGAACAGACACAUCCCAACUCUUCCGACAGGAUAUCAAAGACGAGGUUGACGACGGCAGUCAGGUCAUAGCUAGUGGGGGACCUCCACAAGAGGAAGAAACCGCUGUUCUGCAGGGGAAAGAAAGAGCUGUCGCAGCAAUUACGCUACAGUCAGAUGGCGAUACAUCACGAGCUUCCACAGACGCUACGCGAGAGAGCCAGCCGAUCUCAACUAGGCCGUCGCGAGAUAUACCAAGAUCGAGCGUAGACAGCCAGACAAGACAGAGUGCAGCGGAGGUCCUGGAGGCACAAGCAGAAAUGAACGUCUAUCUUGAGCGCAUAGAUGCUCUGAGGAGGGACCUGCAAACGUUGGUUGACAGUGUCUCCGAUUCUGCCCGUAACAGUGCCGAGACUGCAAAGCAGGCCGCUUAUGCCGCCGAGCCUGGGAGCCUGGAGCAGAAGAUCUCCCAGAAGGACGAGAAGAUAGCUCUUCUUAUCGAGGAGGGUACACGAUGGUCAAAGACCGAGAUAGAGCUUCGGGGUACGAUCAAGAAAAUUCGAGCACAGGCGACCGCCCACGCCAAAGAACAGGAGGUAUCCAAAUCCCGCGCAGAAAAGGCUGAAAAGGCUUUCAGGGCAAUGGAAGAUCGGGCAAAAAGAGCGGAAGCUGCAAAUAAGCGCCUGGAGCAGAAUCUGUCGCUGAGCUCAGCCACGACGAAAGAGAUUGAGGCCGUGAGGAAAGAGCGCGACGCAUUGAACGCGACUCUGGCGGACAUGAAAACCCAGCUGUCGAAGGCGAAUGCAAGAGCGGAAGCAGCUGAGACCAAGGCACAAUCCGAUCAGUUGGACAGGGAGAGGAAACGGGUAGCAGAACUACAAGAUGACCUAACUAGCGCCAAAGUCGAAAGACAAAUCUUGGAAGAAAAAUUGCGUCGAGAGAUCAAGGAUCUUCAGGCAGCCUUGGAAGCGGAGAAGGGGCAAGCGCGCGCCAUGGAGUCUGAAAUGCUCAGCGAGCAGGCGGCUCUCGAAAGCAAGCUCGAAUCGUUCCGGAUUCGGGCUGAAGAAGCAUCCUCAGCGGAUAUUGGUCACACACAGGCCAAGCUACUUCGGCAGAUUGAGACGCUACAGAACCAAUACGCCGCGGCGAGCCAGAACUGGCAAGGCAUCGAGACCUCGCUCCUGGGUAGAAUCACCAACCUUGAAAAGGAGCGUGAUGAAGUCGUUUCGAGGGAUGCAGAGCUGCGGAAGAAGUCGCGAGACACGAUGCUCAAGCUCAAGAAUGCGGAAAGAGAGCUGGACAGCCUGCGGAACAAGUAUGCUGACAUGGACAAAUCAUUGGCAGAUGCCAAUGAAGAAGUACAACGAUUGCAGAGGAAGACGACCCAGCUUGAAAAGGAGCUUGCGGAGGCCCUGAAAGAUCUCGAGACGCAGAAGCAGACUGCGGAGCGGGAAAUGCUACGCAGGAUCGACGAGGAGAAGUCCAAGUGGACGGCAAAUCUUCAUAUUCCACGCACCGAAUCUCCUGCGGCGUCACUGCGUAAGAACUCGGGUCUAGGAUUUGACAUGAGUCAUCUGAUGAGCCCCGUUCAAUUCGAGCGACCAACGAGUCGACGCUCCUCCGUCAUGCCCAACACAUUUGGCUCGAAUACUCCGCCUCGUCAACAAUCCACCACUUCUUUCCGCGGUUUGGUGAACGGGUCGACUACUGAGACGCCGUCCGUUGUAACAUCCAUGGACCACGACGAAUACUUUGCUAAUGUACCGCCGACUCCCCUGACAACAAGCCACCACUCUCAAAGGGGCGUCGUCAACGAUCUGAUAUCCACUUCCACUGUUGGUGCGGGUCCUUCAGUACAGCUAGUGGAACGCAUGUCGGCCAAUGUACGGCGCCUGGAAAGCGAAAAGGCUGCGUCCAAGGAUGAGCUUGCGCGCCUUACCACCCAGCGCGACGAGGCCCGGCAGGAAGUGGUAAGCUUGAUGCGCGAAGCCGAGGAAAAGCGCAAGAUCGAGGAGCGCCUGAGGGCCUUAGAGAAGGAGCACGCCAGUUUAAGCCAGCGACACCAGACCACUCUAGAGCUGUUGGGCGAGAAGAGCGAGCAGGUGGAGGAGCUCAAGGCCGACAUCCUCGACGUGAAGCAGAUGUAUCGGCGGUUGGCGGAUACCAUGAAAUGA